GAAGAGCGCAGAUGGGACUGGAGUGGACAGGACCAUGGCUGAGAUGAUCACCUAUGCAGACCUGCGCUUUGCGAAGAUCCCUGCGGCUAAAAGGCUCUCAGCGCCGCCGGAGCGGGCAGUCCAGGAAACGGACGAAGAUGGGGAUCUGACUUACGAGAAUGUCGACCCAGCCUCUGAGGCUCCCGGGAGCGCAUCCCAGCUCAACCUGGGGGACCCGACAGGGUCCGGCGAGGGGCGGCCGAUCACCACACAGGUGACGCUGGCAUCAUCAAGCGUUGGACAGGCUUUUCCCCGCCUCUCCGCCUGGACCCAGCACAUCCUCCUGAGUCUGCUGAGCACCUGCCUGCUCCUGGGAGUCGUCGCCAUUAGCGUGGGGGUUCGCUAUCUGCAGGUGUCUCAGCAGCUCUGGGAGACGGCCCAGGCCCUGGAAUCCACCAACAGCAGCCUGAGGGAGCAGCUGAACAACCAGGGGGCCCAGCUGGGGCGGAGCCAGGACGAUCUGCGGGGAACCACGGAACAGCUUGACCAAGCCCAGGAGAGACUUCAGAGAGUGCAGACGCAACACCAGACCACGAUGGAGGAACUGCAGGUUUUAAAAACACAACUGGAGGAGGUCAGGCAGACCUUGCGGGGCGAGGAAGAACAGAAGAAGAACCUGGAGGCGCAGCUAAGCAUCCUGCAAGCCCAGCUGGAGGAAUGGCAGCCUCUCCUCAGCUGCUCCAUGUCAGGAUCCUGCUGCCCUCUGGGGUGGAUACAGAGCAGGGGGAAGUGUCUGCUCUUCUCCUUCACUCGAAAGACCUGGAAGCAGAGCCAGGACUACUGUAGAGACUUCUCUUCCGACCUCGCCAGUCCCAAGCGAUGGAACGAUAAGGAUGACAUCAUAAAGAUUAUUAGAGAAAGAAGCUAUGAGUCGUUUCCCUCAUACUGGAUUUCGCUCCGAAAAAGCGAGUUUGAUGGAUGGCUGUGGGGAGAUAACACAGAAGAACAAGGCUAUUGGACUAAACUACACACAGGGGAGAACUGCAUGACUAUAGGCAAACUCUAUCAGCUUUCCAGUGAGAAUUGCGAUUUAAAAUUACCCUUCAUCUGUGAGAGGCGAGUCACCGCGUCCCCGGGGCCCGGAUUUGGUGUCUAACUGCGUCGGCCCACCCGCGGCGGGAGCCAGCCUCGCUGCUCCCCGAUUCCCCGGCAGAACUCCCCCUCGGUCGAAUCCAGAGAAAACGACCCGGACGAGAGAGGAAACCGACUCACUUCCUUUGAACGCUGGAGGCCUCGGGCACGGCAGUGCCUUACUCUGCCAGGGCCCCGGCUCCCCCGUGAGGGGUGGCGUCUCCUCCGUCCCAGGCGGCAGGAGAGGGCCUAUCCGGCGGGGAGAUAGCUGGGGCCGGCCCGGGGGUCCUGGGUGCUGCUCCAGGAUCUGCUCCAGGCGCUGGGCGAUCUCAGCGAAAGGGGCCCGGGCCUUGGGCUCCAUCUACGGGGACAAACAGACAAAGGGCUCGGUCAUCGCCAGUGGUUCUCUCGGGUUCCUCCACUGCCCUCUCGCUCCCUCAUAACCCCCUCCGGGUCGAUGCCAAGGAGCCCAAGUUAUCCCCUCACCCCGGCGGGGCUGAGGAGCCCGGAAGAGACGACCCAUUUGGGAUCACAGACUCCGGAACCGGGAAGUCCUUGGAGGUCACCUGGCUCAGCCUCCUGCCUCCACCCAGCUAACUCAUCUAGAGCCGGGUGUCUGUUUUCCCCAAGCUUCCCGGGGGAUGGAGUCCAACUGCGUCCCCUGGACAACCAAUCCUAGCGUUCUAUCCCUCUCGCGGUCAAGAAACCCUUUUUGGCCAGCCCCAAAAUCUCUACGUUAAACUCAUUUCUUCUUCUUUGGCCUCGGCGCAAACGACGGGCUGGCCAGCAACCUCACUCCUGGGUUAAACCACCACAGCUCCAUACACCUCUUCCUUAGGCUCUGUUUUCCAUACCUGUAUUUCCAUUCUGUUCCUCUACCCUGAAGCCUCACUAAGAUUCUCCGCAUCCUUUUUUUAUGUGCAGUGACCUGGGAAGGUGACAAGUAUGCUGAUAAAGGAUCUGACCGGGCCUAAGUCAGAAUACUUCUCA